AUGUCCUCCACGCCAGCGGCCGCCGCGCCGCCCGCCGCCGACCACUCCGCCGCCGACACCCCGCCGCUAGAGGAGGUCGAGGCCAACACCGAUGGGUACACGAUCAAGCCGCAGUCCCUGGUCCCGUCGCUGGACACCUCCACCUGGCCGCUCCUCCUCAAGAACUACGACCGCCUGAACGUCCGCACCGGCCACUACACCCCGCUCCCGUCCGGCCACUCCCCGCUCAAGCGCCCCAUCGCCGAGCACCUCCGCUACGGCGUCAUCAACCUCGACAAGCCCUCCAACCCCUCGUCCCACGAGGUGGUCGCCUGGAUCAAGCGCAUCCUCCGCGUCGACAAGACCGGCCACAGCGGCACGCUCGACCCCAAGGUCACCGGCAACCUCAUCGUCUGCGUCGACCGCGCCACGCGCCUCGUCAAGUCGCAGCAGGGCGCCGGCAAGGAGUACGUCGGCAUCGUCCGCUUCCACGCCGCCGUGCCCGACACGGCCCGCGUCGUGCGCGCGCUCGAGUCCCUCACCGGCGCCGUGUUCCAGCGCCCGCCGCUCAUCUCCGCCGUCAAGCGCCAGCUCAGGGUCCGGACUAUCUACGAGAGCAAGGUUCUGCAUCACGACCCGGAGCGCCACCUCGCGGUGUUCUGGAUCUCUUGCGAGGCGGGCACCUAUGUCCGGACCCUCUGCGUGCACCUUGGGCUGCUCCUUGGUGUCGGCGCGCAUAUGCAGGAGCUGCGCCGUGUCCGGUCAGGCAUUCUCGGAGAGCAGGACAACAUGGUGACCAUGCACGAUGUGAUGGACGCCAUGUGGGCGCUCGACAACUACAAGGACGAGUCGUACAUCAGGCGUGUGGUGAUGCCUCUGGAGAAAAUUCUUACCAGCUACAAGAGGCUUGUCGUCAAGGACUCCUCUGUCAAUGCUAUCUGCUACGGCGCGAAGCUUAUGAUCCCUGGGCUGCUCCGGUUUGAGAAUGACAUUGAUGUUGGGGAGGAGGUGGUUCUCAUGACCACAAAGGGGGAGGCAAUCGCCAUUGGUAUCGCUGAGAUGCCCACUGCUGUUAUGGCGACCUGCGACCAUGGUGCAGUAGCCAAGAUCAAGAGGGUGGUGAUGGACAGAGACACGUACCCAAGGAAGUGGGGACUUGGCCCCAUGGCGCUCAAGAAGAAAAAGAUGAUUGCUGAGGGCCUCCUUGAUAAGCAUGGCAAGCCAACUGAGAAGGCCCCGGCUGAGUGGCUCCGGAACGUCGUGCUUCCUACUGGUGGCGAUGCGGUGAUUGCUAGCAUUGCUGCUGCUGCUGCUCCUGAGCCAGAGGAGGUGAAGGUGGAACAUGAUGAUGUCCCAAAUGUGGAUGUAACGGAGAAGAAAAAGAAGAAGAAGAAGAGCAAGGCUGCAGAGGAGGUUGCUGUCUCUGAAGGCCGCAAGAGGAAGAUUGAUGGAGAUGAUGUGUCUGCUUCUACGUCUGCAAAGAAGAUCAAGGUGGAGGAGGCCGCAGAUGCAGUGGAAGGGGAGAAGAGCGAGAAGAAGAAGAAGAAGAAAAAGAAAGAUAAGGGAGAAUCAGGAUCAGCUGGUUUGGAGGCAGUGAAGGAGGAGAAGGUUGAUCUGUCUGAUGAGGAGAAGAGUGAGAAGAAGAAGAAAAAGAAGAAGAAGAGCAAGGAAGGAAGUGAUGUUGCCGAUCAAGAUAGCGCACCAGAUGGAGCUGCUGAAGUUGAGAAAAGCGACAAGAAAAAGGAGAAGAAAAAGAAGAAGAAUCGAGAUACAGAGGAGGCACAGUAGGUAAACUGAAGUUUACAUUGGAUGCCUGUAUGCUUUACUUGCAGUUAUAGGGACUUUCUCCUGGCUUUUUUACUUGCGUUGAACCCCUUUGUCACUGUUAUGGUUUGGAAGGCGUAAUGCACUAUGUUUAGAUUACUCCCAUUCUGCUGAAUAUUAUGGUAGGUAGAGAGAUAUGUCAUUAAAUCUUUGACAAUGAGGCUUGUAUAGAGGUAUCAGUUAAUGCAAUGAAUUUUGUUCUCA